CUCGGAACUCCGCGUUGUGCGUACGUCGCGUGAAACCAGUUCCCCGUUCGUGCGUUUACGAUCGGCAACGCACGCCGAUCGUCCAAUCGUUCGAUCACGGGCGUGUGCGCGCGUGCACGCGCGCUCUCGCUCGCGUUCGACCUCGAUUGGUGACUAUUUCGACAUCCCACGUGGAGUCGAAAGAACCUCCGCGGAAUAUCGGUAUUCUGUGUAAAAUAGAGACACGCGACGUCCUAGCAACUUCGGCUUUACUGCUCGGACGAAUCGAAACGGAAGAGAGAGAAAGAUAGAAAAGGAAAAAAAGAGCGAGAAAAAGAAACGAUGAUGCUCGGCAAGUUGAGCGCAAGACUGCGACACGCUGGCAGCAGGUGGCUCUUAAACCGCGGGGAAGUUUCCGUUUGUCACAAGAGCCAUGUCAGAGGGUCGCACUUUACGUAUUUCCCGUGUAAAAAGCCGGCCGUCGACGGUGAGACUGAAAAACUGAAUAUGUAUCAAGCCAUAAAUCAAGGGCUUGGUAUCGCAAUGGAGAACGAUCCACGUUCAGUGCUGUUUGGCGAGGACGUGGCAUUCGGAGGUGUCUUUCGUUGCUCGUUAGACUUGAGGGACCGUUUCGGUGCCGAUCGUGUCUUCAACACGCCUCUCUGCGAGCAAGGGAUUGCCGGUUUCGGAAUCGGCUUAGCUAACGCAGGAAUAUCGGCGAUUGCCGAAAUACAAUUUGCGGAUUACAUAUUUCCCGCCUUCGAUCAGUUGGUUAACGAAGCGGCCAAGAUGCGAUAUCGAAGCGGCAACAUGUUUGAGUGUGGCAAACUUACGGUUCGUGCACCUUGCGGGGCCGUCGGCCACGGCGGCCUUUAUCACUCUCAAAGCCCGGAAGCCUACUUCGCACACACUCCCGGUUUAAAGGUCGUCGUGCCACGUGGAGCGAUGCACGCGAAGGGUCUCCUGCUGAGCUGCAUCGACGAGCCGGAUCCCUGCAUCAUAUUCGAGCCUAAAGUUCUCUAUCGUACAGCGGUUGACGAGGUGCCUCUGGCACAUUACAAAAUCGAAAUCGGCAAAGCCGAGAUUGUAAGAAGCGGCGACGCCGCGACACUCGUGGGCUGGGGUACUCAGGUGCACGUACUGCUGGAGGUGGCCGACCUGGUCCAGAAGAAACUCGGCGCGUCCUGCGAGGUGAUAGACCUUGUUUCCAUUCUACCUUGGGACACGGAACUCGUGUGCAAGUCGGUGAGGAAAACCGGGCGCGCGAUCAUCGCCCACGAGGCUCCAAUGACGAAUGGAUUUGGGGCGGAAAUAGCCGCGACCGUGCAGGCGGAGUGCUUCCUGUACCUGGACGCGCCGGUACAGAGAGUCACCGGUUGGGACAGCCCCUUCCCGAACGUCUUCGAGCCCUUUUAUCUCCCGGACAAGUGGCGAUGCUUCGCGGCUAUCCGAGACGUCCUCAGGUACUAAGGUCGCGACGAAGGGUAGCACGAUGACCGUCGCAGCGGGGAAAAGAGAGCCUGGGGGAACAGCAGUUACUCGCACAACGUCCACUAAUUACGUUGGAAAUGCUUUUUUACACUUUGUACUUUACGUAUUCUACGUAUUUUACGUAUAAUAAAUACUUUUCCUCUUC